UACUACAGAAAAUGGCGUUUUACACAAGGUGUUUGCAAGAUCUGCCAAAUAUUACUAUUAACGAUGUCCAACGCAUCAUUCAAGCCUCCUCUUCUGCACCAAGAAGUAAGCGUGAGAAGGGGUUUAAAAUGUAUGUAUCCAGUUACAUCGAUAACUACGAAGAUCGUCUUUGUGGAUUCAUCCCCUGUUGAGAUGUGCAAUGCUGAGUGUUCAUGUGUGGCUGGAACAGCACUGUGCAAUCAUACUGUUGCACUUCUUUACCAAACUGCACACUAUUCCCAACUGAACCUUACGGCAGUCCCCCCCGUUCUGAGUUGCACUGAGACAGAGCAACGCUGGCACAAGCCAAGAACUAUGGGUGUGAAACCAGGUAGAGUCGGUGAUAUGGUGGUAGUAUCUACCAAGCCAAAGCAGAGGACUGUUGCUGAUGGUGUAAGGAGCACACUUUACAAAGCAGUGCAAGGAGAUUUGCCUGAUCAAGACAUGCUUAAAGUGUCAGAAAUUUACAAGGACUUUUCAACAGACAUUGCACCACUCAUUACUACCUUGUCUAUAAAUGCUGACAUCGCACUAGUUGAUUCUGCUCUUGGAAAAGUCCAAGAAGACAGCCCCAUCUCCUUUCACCAUCCAGUGCCAGUGAGCCGGACAGUAAUUUACCACCCAGAUUGCCCUCCUCCACCACUCCUACCUUUAGAUGGUUACAGGCUUGAGCCCACCAGCUGCCAGUUUGUUUGCAGUCACCAACAGCAACUACAUCUGCAGUCACUGGAGACUACGUUGGACAUGGCCAGGAGAAUAGAAGCUGCACAAGGAAACAGAGUGACUCUGUGGAGUGGUACAGAGUUAGAAAGCCACGGAUCACCUCUUCGCGCUUCAGGGAGGUGUGCCAUGUCCGCGGCCAGAGCUCCUCAGAACACCUUGCUGAACGAAUUCGGAGAGGAACAGCACAAACAGCAGCAAUGAAAAGGGGCCUAGCACUGGAGCCUGUAGCAAUUUAGGAGUAUUGCAGAACAAAAAACACAAAUUUCUGGCCUUGUGGGUUUGUCAUCCACCCAGAUGUCCCCUGGUUAGGGUCAUCACCUGAUGGUGUCAUUUUUGACCCAACUGAAAGACCCCCAUUUGGCCUGCUUGAAAUAAAGUGCCCAAAUGCAAAAAGCUAUGUUGAUUGCAGCUAUUUAAAGUUACACAGUGGUACCAUGCAACUAAAAUCACAGCACAGCUACUACUGGCAGGUCCAAGGCCAGCUCUUGAUUACUGGAAUGGUGUGGUGUGACUUUGUUGUUUUUGCAGAGGAUGACAUGUUAAUUCAGAGAAUAUAUCAAGACAAUGAAGUAGCCAGAAUCAUUAGAGAGAAAGGAGACUACUUCUUUUUUUAUUUUUACAUGGGAGUAUUACACAGGUAAUUGUACAGUACAUCAUUGAACAUUAGUUGUUUUAAUCACAUGUACAGUCCCUUUUGAAUAGUCAAACUAUGAAAAUGUAAAUACUUUGGAGAUUUCUUAAUGACAUUAAAAAUUUCAUAUUAUAUUACAAAGUUUUGAAGUGUUGCAUUUUGAUUUAAGGGGCAGGGUUGUUUUUGAAUACACAUGGAUUAUACAGGUUGAUUAAAAACUCAAUUAAUUCCGAGAUGUUAAUGUACAAUUGGAGAGCUACUGUCCUGCUUAUUUCAGCUCCAACCCCAAUCAAACACCUGAAGCAGCUAAUUAAGGCAUUCACAGUUACUUGAAAUUUAAAGGCAGAAGUGUUUGAUUUGGGUUGGAGCUGAAGUCUGCAGGAAAGUACCUCUCCAGGAGCAGGGCAGUUUAAGGAAGCUGAAUGUAAAAUAAAAGGUAAUAUGAGGGUUUAAUUUACAAGUUGGCAAUUUUCAAACAGCUCUAUUUUGUUAGAAUGUUCAUUUACAUACUGUUAAAUCUCUCUUCUAGUUAGCUGCAGAAGACACCCCAUUUAUUUAUAAUUGAAAUUCAGUGAACAUUCUAGCAAUAAAAAGCUGAUUUAAAAUGAGCAUACAUAUCUUUUCAAAACUAGCAUUACCUUUUCUUCUGACAUU